AAUGGCCGGAACGGGUACACCAACACAGAUGAAGGAGAGGAGGGUGGAGGAGAGGGAGAAGAGGAGGGCGAGGAGGGAGAAGAGAAGAAAGGAGACACGGAGUGGACGGAGGAUGGCGCGGAUGACGGCGGAGGAGCGAAGAUGACGAGGACAGACACGCUCCACUCCACGACCAGCUCCACGGGGACCCAGAGGAAGAAGAGCCAUCAUAAUAAGAAAGUGAUCCAGGGGUCUGACAAGAUCCAGAGAGCCCCCAGAGCGCUCUACUGCCUGAAACUCAACAACCCCAUACGCCGGGCCGCGCUCUCCAUCGUAGAGUGGAAGUAUCCUUUACCUACUACGAUUGGGUUGACAGUACCACUUGGAAUAGCUGAUUGGGUUGGCGGUACCACUUGGAAUAGCUGAUUGGGUUUGCAGUACCACUUGGAAUAGCAGGUUUCGCUUAAUCCUCAUUCCGUCAUGCCCUAUCGUGUUGCAAAAUGAGUGCGUGUGAAAUCAGAAUCAAAAUUAGAAAACGUUAUUGUCCUGCAACAAAAUGGUAGCAAUGAAAUUCUCUUGGUGUUGCACGCUGUAUAGAGGUAGUGUGUGUGUGUGUGUGUGUGUGUGUGUGUGUGUGUGUGUGUGUGUGUGUGUGCCCACAAGGAACAAACUGGUUGAAUCAGCGUUGUUUCAGUGUAAUUUGCCAAUGUAUUGCGACAUGGAAUCUAUGUUUAAAAUACAUUGGAUUUGCAAAAAGUAAUCAAAGUAAACUGUUGUUUUGAGGGUGAAAUUUCAACCACAAGAUUACGUCAUCAUGGUUAACCAAUUUUCUACAUAGACAAACCUUGUAUAAAUUACAGUAUGUUGAAUUUGUACAUUUAAAACAACGUCAGAUCUUCAACAUUAUAUCCACUAUAAAAACAAAACAAUAUGCUGGACAGCACCUCCUACUGGAGAGUUGAUGUAUCUACAGAUCCCCUUUGGUCUCCCAUCCAGGGUCCUAACCAAGCCCAGCUUAGCUUUGAAUAUUUGUCACUGACUACUACCAACGUGCUAUCAUGAGAAUGAUUAUUGAGAGAUCUCUUGAUAACUAAAUGGAUUCACUGUUGCUAUUGAAUUCAUUCCAAAGUGUAGGUUCAACAGAGCAAAGGAAAUGUAACCAUAAUCUAUAAGUCAUAUAUCAUCAAUGAUACUACUUAGGCCUAUAAAGCAUUUGCAAAGUCAUCAACAGCUAUUGUUUCAAUUUAACCCAGAGUUAAACUAAAAAUAAACAAUACAUAUAGGCCUAGGGUUUAAAGCUUUGGUUGAUUUCAAAUUGAAUCCACAAGUUAAUCAUUCAUAUGUUGGAUUCACAUCUCUAUCUCAACCAAAAAUCAAAGUUAAAGAACAGGACUGAAUCAAAUCAAACUUUAUUUCAAGUGCAUUUAAAGUUUGAUUAGAUUAGAUUUAGUUGUAUUCUUAAACGUAGAUUUUUGGUUGAGAUAGAGACGUGAAUCCAACAUAUAAAUAAUACAUGUGUAGACAAACUAGAUUUUGAAUUGUAUUUGGUUGUCAACACAACCAAAUAUCAACAUUUGAAGGAGAUGUACAGUUGAAGUCGGAAGUUUACAUACACUUAGGUUGGAGUCAUUAAAACUCGUUUUUCAUUUCUUGUUAGCAAACUAUAGUUUUGGCAAGUCGGUUAGGACAUUUACUUUGUGCAUGACACAAGUAAUUUUUCCAACAAUUAUUUACAGACAGAUUAUUUCACUUAUAAUUCACUGUAUCACAAUUCCAGUGGGUCAGAAGUUUACAUACACUAAGUUGACUGUGCCUUUAAACAGCUUGGAAAAUUCCAGAAAAUGAUGGCUUUAGAAGCUUCUAAUAGGCUAAUUGACAUCAUUUGAGUCAAUUGGAGGUGUACCUGUGGAUGUAUUUCAAGGCCUACCUUCAAACUCAGUGCCUCUUUGCUUGACAUCAUGGGAAAAUCAAAAGAAAUCAUCCAAGACCUUUCCAAACACCUGAAGGUACCACGUUCAUCUGUACAAACAAUAGUACGCAAGUAUAAACACCAUGGGACCACGCAGCCGUCAUACCGCUCAGGGAGGAGAAAUGUAUUUGGCUAAGGUGUAUGUAAACUUCUGACUUCAACUGUAUCUUCUGCUUGGAUAGUUCCAUCUGUGCCACUGACUUUGUCUGGAUUUAAUUCCAGUUGAAUAAUACAAAUGAAUAAUUGAUUUGUUGGAUUUACAUUUACAUUACAUUUACAUUUUAGUCAUUUAGCAGACGCUCUUAUCCAGAGCGACUUACAGUUAGUUAGUGCAUACAAUAUUUAUUUUUUCAUAUCCCUGUGGGAAUCGAACCCUUCCAUCUCAACCAAAAAUUGAAGUUAAAGAAUAGGACUAAAUCAAAUCAAACUUUAAAUGCACUUUAAAUAAAGUUUGAUUUGAUUUAGCUAAACCAAAAAUCGGACCUUUUUUUCCCAUUGGAAUUUGGUUGUGCUUUUAGAUGGUUGAAAGCAUAGUGAUUACACAUUAGGUAUUCAACAAUCCUCUGGCUGUCUUUUUGAGUGGGUGAAUAAAGGUUGAAAUAUCCUUCAUCAACGUCUCAACCAAAUAUUACCCACAUUUCCACAUUGAAAUUACGUGGUGUGCCCAGUGGGAGAACAUUGACACUCACUAGAGCUAACUUACAUAAUAGACACACAAUUCACAGAAAAGUAGACCAAGUUACCCAACGUGGUCUCAGGGCACUCCAUUUAGUAUGAUAUAUUACAUUUCGCAUGGCAUGUAUUAAUUUGUGGAUGUCCAUAAUCCAUUUCGUAUGAUAGGUUACGAAUUCCAGUUUGUUGUUAGCUAGGGGUGGCUAGGUGGCUAACAGUAACAUUAGCUAGCUGGCUAACGUUAGCUUGCCUAGAAUUUAGGGGUUAAGGUUAGGGUUAGGAUUAGGAUUAGGUUAAAUGGUUAAGGUUAGGGUUAGGGUUAGGGGAAGGGUUAGCUAAAAGGGUUAAUUUUAGUGUUUGGGGAAAGGUUUGCUAACAUGCUAAGUAGUUGCAAAGUAGCUAAAAAGUAGUAGGUAGUUGCAAAAUGGCUAAUUAGCUAAAAUGGUCCGUAAUGACAUUAGAACACGCAACCCCUUGGUGUUGCUAGACGUUUGCGUUAUAUACACCCACCCAUCCACCCCGACCAACUACCCUCCUUUCGUUUAUGCCUUAAGUAACCUUAUGUCUUAUGUAACCGUACCAAACGUAACAUAUCAUACUUUACAUUUACUAUGAUACUAGUCUGAGUUACCAGGCAUGUGACAUGCAGAUGACCCAGAUUCAAACCAAUUAUUAUUCUAAAGGUGAGUUCAAGUUCAGUCCGAGUUAAACAGACUAAAUAGAGAAGACAACUACCUGAGGGGCCGGUUGGUUAGGUAGAGAGAGAGGGAGAGAGAGGGAGACAGAGAGAUGAGAGAGAGAGAGAGACAGACAGACAGAGAGAGAGAGACAGAGGGAGACAGAGAGAUGAGAGAGAGAGACAGACAGACAGACAGACAGACAGACAGACAGACAGACAGACAGACAGACAGACAGACAGACAGACAGACAGACAGACAGACAGACAGACAGACAGACAGAGGGAGACAGAGAGAGAGAGACAGAGAGAGAGACAGAGAGAGAGAGAGACAGAGAGAGAGACAGAGGGAGACAGAGAGAGAGAGAGAGAGAGACAGAGAGAGAGACAGAGGGAGACAGAGAGAGAGAGAGAGACAGAGGGAGACAGAGAGAGAGAGACAGAGAGAGAGACAGAGAGAGAGAGAGAGACUCAGCUCAGACAGACAGACAUACAGAGAGACAGAGAGGGAGGUCUUUUCUCAGGUGGAUUUGCUCAGACAGAGACAGAGACAGACUCAGCUCAGACAGAGACAGACAGAGAGACAGAGAGACAGAGACAGACUCAGUUCAGACAGGGAGGUCUUUUCUCAGGUGGAUUUGCUCAGACAGAGACAGAGACAGACUCAGCUCAGACAGAGACAGACAGAGAGACAGAGAGAAAGAGACAGACUCAGCUCAGACAGGGACAGACAGAGAGACAGAGAGACAGAGACAGACUCAGCUCAGACAGGGACAGACAGAGAGACAGAGAGACAGAGACAGACUCAGCUCAGACAGGGACAGACAGAGAGACAGAGAGACAGAGACAGACUCAGUUCAGACAGGGACAGACAGAGAGACAGAGAGACAGAGACAGACUCAGCUCAGACAGGGACAGACAGAGAGACAGAGAGACAGAGACAGACUCAGCUCAGACAGGGACAGACAGAGAGACAGAGAGACAGAGACAGACAGAGAGACAGAGAUACAGAGACAGACUCAGCUCAGACAGGGACAGACAGAGAGACAGAGAGACAGAGACAGACUCAGCUCAGACAGGGACAGACAGAGAGACAGAGAGACAGAGACAGACUCAGCUCAGACAGGGACAGACAGAGAGACAGAGAGACAGAGACAGACUCAGCUCAGACAGAGACAGACAGAGAGACAGAGAGACAGAGACAGACUCAGCUCAGACAGAGACAGACAGAGAGACAGAGAGACAGAGACAGACUCAGCUCAGACAGAGACAGAGACAGACAGAGAGACAGAGAGACAGAGACAGACUCAGUUCAGACAGGGACAGACAGAGAGACAGAGAGACAGAGACAGACUCAGCUCAGACAGGGACAGACAGAGAGACAGAGAGACAGAGAGACAGAGACAGACUCAGCUCAGACAGGGACAGACAGAGAGACAGAGAGACAGAGACAGACUCAGUUCAGACAGAGACAGACAGAGAGACAGAGAGACAGAGACAGACUCAGUUCAGACAGAGACAGACAGAGAGACAGAGAGACAGAGACAGACUCAGCUCAGACAGGGACAGACAGAGAGACAGAGAGACAGAGACAGACUCAGCUCAGACAGGGAGGUCUUUUCUCAGAUUUGCUCCUGCUUCCUUUCUCCUCAUCCUCUCCUUUUGAAAAAGGUCAAAGGUAAUCGAGGAGAGGCACUGAGGAGAGGGAACGUGUACGAAAAUGCGCUUUUAUGAAAUGAGACUCCUUCUCCACUUGCGCGUCAUCAGGCAAAUUAAGUUUACAGAGGUUGAUCCCUAAAUAAAUAUAUAAAUAUGUAAAGUGAGAAAAACUAAUGGAGUUAGUUUGUGCAAGACAUCUUAAAGAUAAAAUUAUGAGUAGCAUAUUGUUUUUAAACGUGUGCAAGCUUUUCUCCUCUGAUAAAACAACAGCUGAUUCAAAAGGGGUGUGGCAGAUAUCAAAACUCUUCCGCGAAGGACUCCGGUAGCAUACACACGACUAUCCUAGAUGAAAGGUGGCUAUCGAGGAGGGGAGGACACUCUUUAACGAAUCGACAUCUAAAACUAAUUGACAUCUCAUAUCGACCACUCAAACACUUAUCGGUUUCCGAGUCAUGGAGGAGAGAGGACGGAGGAGAGAGGGGUGGAGGAAAGAGUUUCGCCAACUGAGAAAAGGCCUGUGUGAGAGAGGAGAGUGUGAUGAUGAGGACUUUAUCAGAGGUUGAGAAACACUGAUCUAGAGGACUAUGUGUAAAGAAUCUACACACAGUGGAAAUCUUAUUAUAAUCCGUCAGCAUGAUUUAUUUUCUAACUUUCCUUCAACAAUGUGGAACGUGAUGAAGGGGUUUAUUUAACUAGACUUAAGUACAACGAGCAAUACAGAAAUAGUCACCUCUUUAUAAUGCACUUUGUUGAAGUGAAACUUUCAAAUUACAUCACGCUGCCAGAUUAUAAUGAGGGUUUCUGGGUGUUUCCAUUGUUUGUCAGGGAGCUAACACAAGUCUUCAGGUAUCAAGCAAGGUUACUCACACCAUCAUGAUUCACUGAACCCCCUCCAUUUCUCCAGCCACCCUGUAGUGGUAGUAGUACUAGUAGUAUAAGUGUUGUUGUUGUUGUUGUUGUUGUUGUUGUUGUUGUUGUUGUUGUAGUAGUAGCAUAUGCAUUGUUGUUGUUGUUGUUGUUGUUUUAGUAGUAGUAUAAUGAUUGUUGUUGUUGUUGUUGUAGUAUACGUAUUGUUGUGGAUGUUAUUGAUGUUGUUGUUGUUGUACUAGUAGUAGUAGUAUUGUUGUUGUUGUAGUAGUAGUAUUGUUGUUGUAGUAGUAGUAGUAGUAGUAGGAGUAGUAGUAGUAGUAUAAGUAUUGGUGUUGUUGUUGUUGUAGUAGUAUUGCUGUUGUUGUUGUUGUUGUAGUAUUUGUAUUUACUAAGGAUCCCCAUUGGUUAAUGCCAAGGCAGCAGCUACUCUUCCUGGGGUCCAGCAACAUUAAGGCAGUUAUAUACAAUUUAAAAUAUUACAUGAUAUUACAUUUCAUAACACUUUUCACAACACAAGUGUGUUCCCUCAGGCCACUACUCUACUAUCAGCAGUAGUAGUAUAAGUAUUGUUGUUUUUGUUGUUGUAGUAGUAAUAGUAAUAGUAAUAGUAUAAGUAUUGUUGUUGUUGUAGUAGUACUACUAGUAUUACUAGUAGUAGUAGUAGUAGUAUAAGUAUUAUUGUUGUUGUUGUAGUAGCAGAAGUAGUAGUAUACAGUAAGUAUUGUUGUUGUUGUUGUUGUCGUUGUUGUUAUUGUUGUUGUUGUUGUUGUUGUUGUUGUAGUAGUAGUAGUACUAGUAGUAGUAGUAGUAGUAGUAUUGUUGUUGUUGUUGUUGUUGUUGUUGUUGUACUACUAGUAGUAGUAGUAGUAGUAGUAUUGCUGUUGUUGUUGUUGUAAACGUAUUGUUAUGGUUGUUGUUGUUGCCAAUUGGAAGCUGGGGAUGAUUAGGUGGCCAUGAUGGUAUUUACACUGGACACAGGGGUUAACGUUAAUAACCAAAUAUUACCCAAUUAUCCACGUUGAAAUGACGUAGUGUGCCCAGUGGGAUGGGUAAUAUGUGGUUAAAACCAGAGGAGGCUGGUGGGAAUAGCUAUAGGAGGACGGGCUCAUUGUAAUGGUUUGACUCCAUUCUAUUUAUCCCAUUCCAGCCAUUACAAUGAGCCCGUCCUCCUAUAGCUCCUCCCACCAGCCUCCUCUGGUUGAGCUGUUGAUCAAUGAGAUUACAACCUAUGUUCACCCACUCAAAAAGACAGCCAAAAGUUUGUUGAAUUCCCAAUGUGAUAUCACUAUGCUUUCAACCAUUUAAAAGCACAACCAAAUUCCAACGGAAAAACAAUGUCAGAUUUUUUGUUAAGUUGUCACCCAAAUCUUGACCUUGGGACCAUAAGGUUUUAUCUGCGACAAAGCAUCGUUCUGAGAUAUUGAGCAUCAACAUUUUCACAUCCCAGAUCUCAGAACUAUUUUGUAGUGAAUUCUUCUUUCAUAACCCAUUAGGUCCUCACCUUAAAAAUAACUAAAGUCCUGAGAUACUGUAUUUGUAAAUAAAAACAUUUUAGGGGGGUGCAAUUGCAAAUAGAACCAUGUGGCUCUGAAAUGUCAAUAUGUUUUCCGCCGUGAGGUUCUAUCUGAAUUAGACAUGUUCAGUUUUUAAGAAAACUGUAGCUAUUUGAAUACAUAAAUGAUAUUAUUAUUAUUAUUAUAAAUGGUAGAAUAACACUAUUUUACCAAGACAGUGUCAGAACACAACAUAGAGUCAGAACACAUCAUCACAUCAUUAGUUAGUUAGUUAGUUAAUUAGCUUUAGAUGGUUCAACUCUCCAGUAGCAGGUAAUGCUCAGCCUAUAGUUUUUUUUAUUUCUGACGGUGAAUAAAAUUAUAUAACGUUCAAUGUCUGACGCUGUUUGAUAGGUAUUAAAUUCAACAUAUUUAUACAUAAUCCUGUGGUUGAAAAAAAGAGUUUACGUUGAUGACUUUUUUUCAAAUCCAAUGUAUUUUCCACAUAGCAAUACGAUGAUAAAAUUACGUUGAAACAACAUUGUUUCAACCUUUUUGUGCCCAGUGGGAUGAGAUCUUUAGUGACCACAGAGAGUCAGGACAUCCGUUUUUAUUUUAAAUACGGAUUGUUGUUGUUGUUGUUGUUGUUGUUGUUGUUUCCAUGACCACUCUCCUCCAGACCCUUUGACAUCUUCAUCCUGAUAGCCAUCUUUGCUAACUGUAUAGCGCUGGGGGUGUCCAAGCCUUUCCCUGAGGAAGACUCCAACUCUACCAACCACGAC